CUCCCUCUCUCUCUCCACCUUUAUCUCACUAACUAUAUAUACAUACAUAACAGCACACACGUUUCUGUAUUCUGAAUGCAAUAACUAUGACUAAUUUAGCUAGGAGGUGCAUGCAAUUUCAAUCAUUUUAAAACAAUUAAUCUUUCUAAGAAACCUCUCCAAGAUUCCAGAGUUGUUGAAAUUUUCACUCAAGCAAAGUGAAAGAUCAUUGAUAAGCAACUCCUUUUGCACUUGCAAAUUUGUCAAGUCUUGUUGAAACUUGAGCUCCUUAUACUUGGAAGAGAUGGUUGGCAGCAUUGAGGUUGCAAACAACUGCACGCACUCAAAUGGGGUCGUACAGAGCAGCAAUGGCUCCGAGGAGAAGCUAGACGAGCUUCGUAGAUACAUAGGCAAGGCCGAUGGUGACCUCUUGAAGAUUGUUGGUGUUGGAGGAGGCGCGUGGGGGAGUGUCUUUGCAGCAUUGCUUCAAGACAGUUAUGGCCAGUACCGGGACAAGGUCCAGAUCAGGAUAUGGAGACGGCCUGGGAGGGCUGUUGACAGAGCCACAGCUGAGCACCUGUUUGAGGUGAUCAACUCAAGGGAGGACGUGCUGAGGAGGCUGAUUAGGAGAUGCGCGUAUCUCAAGUAUGUCGAGGCGCGCCUGGGUGACCGGACGCUCUAUGCUGACGAGAUCUUGAAAGACGGGUUCUGCCUCAACAUGAUUGACACGCCACUUUGCCCUAUGAAGGUUGUGACUAACCUGCAGGAGGCUGUUUGGGAUGCUGAUAUUGUCAUCAACGGCCUGCCCUCGACUGAGACACGUGAGGUCUUUGAGGAGAUUAGGGAUUAUUGGAAGGAGAGGAUCACCACACCGGUCAUCAUAUCUCUGGCAAAGGGGAUAGAGGCGGAGAUCAGCCCGUCUCCUCGGAUAAUCACCCCCACACAGAUGAUCAGCCAAGAAACUGGAGUCCCAAUAGAGAACAUUCUGUAUCUGGGAGGGCCUAACAUAGCCUCGGAGAUCUACAACAAGGAGUAUGGCAAUGCACGUAUAUGUGGAUCAGAGAGAUGGAGAUUGCCCCUAGCAAAGUUCUUGAGGCAGCCUCAGUUCAUUGUGUGGGAUAACAGUGAUCUCAUCACACAUGAAGUCAUGGGAGGCUUGAAAAAUGUGUACGCAAUUGGAGCUGGCAUGGUGGCAGCUCUAACCAACGAGAGUGCGACAGGGAAAUCAGUGUAUUUUGCACACUGCACGUCGGAGAUGAUCUUCAUCACGCACUUGCUGACAGAAGAGCCGGAGAAGCUUGCAGGGCCGUUGCUUGCAGACACGUACGUCACCCUUUUGAAAGGGCGCAAUGCAUGGUACGGCCAGAUGAUAGCCAAAGGCCAACUAAGCCUAGAUAUGGGGGAUAGCAUCAGUGGCAAAGGGACUAUUCAGGGAGUGUCUGCAAUCGAAGCAUUCUACGAGCUGCUGAGGCAGCCUAGCUUGAACGUGCUGCAUCCGGAUUCAAACAAGGCGGUUGCCCCAGUCGAACUAUGCCCUAUCCUCAAGAUCUUGUACAAGAUCCUCAUUACAAGGGAGCAGGGACCACAAGCUAUCCUCGAAGCCUUGAGAGACGAAAACCUCAAUGAUCCACGCGACCGGAUCGAGAUAGCACAGACACAUGCCUUCUACAGGCCUUCACUCCUUGGCCACCCCUUGCCAAAAUCACACUUAAAUUAGAUUCUUUAAUUUCUAAAUAAAGGAUAUAUACAUGCAUACAUGGAUUUCGUUGUAUACUGCAUAUUAAUCAGACUUCCAUAGUUGGAACGGUUUUCACAUUAUUUGAGAUCAUUCCAUUUGUAUCAACAUUCACAAGAACAUUCGGAUCCCAAUAAAUAUAAUCAGAGUAUCAAGUUCAUUUUCAA